AUCCGACGCCUGCCGGCCACAACCUCAGAAGCCGACGUGCGCCUCAUGCUCGUCUUCUCUCAGGAGCUGGUCAACAUCGAGCUUAUGGGCCCUGACAACCUUGAUGGCGGAUACUACCGCUCUGCUCUGCUACUCUUCCGAAGCAUGAAUGGCGCAACUGAGGCCCGAAACAUGCUCGACGGCCGCGCCAACAUGGACGGUCGCGCCAAGAUGAUUGUUGGCAUCAUAGCCUCGCCCGAGUAUGGGUCGCCAGUCAGUGCGCCAUUCGCCAUGCCAAACGGCGCGCCCAAUGCCAACUCGGACCUCUUUACGGCGCCAGUCUAUCGUCCACAGCAGGCUCCUCUCGGUAACGGCUUUUCGCCCCGUGACGCAAUGUCGCCAACAUCGAAAGGCGGCCGCUUCUUCCCCGCUGUUCCUCCUCAUCAGGACCUUGCUGCUCCGGAUACAAAGGCUGGCAGCCACUACAAGAGUCUCUUUAACCCCCACUCGCCUAUUGGCAACCAUCUCGCAAACGAGGUGCCUGGGCGACUGGGAAAGCACCUCAUCAACGAUGAGCUCGGCGACGACGACGGAGAGCUCCUGAGAGACUCCUUUGCCUAUGCAGGUAAGGCCACCCCGGCCCAGCGGAGAGGUACUACUCCCCAAGACCCCCUCAACCAGGCAAUGGCAAACAUGGCUCUCGGCUCGGGUGCCUCUUCAAACUCCUCGCCGAUGCCCUCUUGCAGCAGCAAUCACAGCAACAGCAGCAACAGCAGCAACAGCAGCAACAGCAGCAACAGCAGCAACAGCAACAGCAGCAGCAGCAGCAGCAGCAACGAGAAACAGCAGCCGCCAUACGGAAAGUCCAAUUUCCCUCCCGUCAACCCUGCAGAUCAAAAUCCGCCUUGUAACACUCUGUACGUUGGCAACCUGCCUAUUGAUACAUCUGAGGAGGAGCUCAAGGCUUUGUUCUCCCCUGUUCGGGGUUACAAGAGGCUGUGCUUCAGAACCAAGCAGAACGGACCCAUGUGCUUUGUUGAGUUUGAAGACAUUGGUCAUGCCACCAAGGCGCUUAGCCAGCUGUAUGGAUGGUGUUUGCACAACAGUGUCAAAGGCGGCAUCCGCCUGAGCUUCUCCAAGAACCCUCUUGGUGUUCGCUCCCCGCCCUCGCAGCCUCCUCAUGGAAACAUGCCUCCUGCCAGCGGAAUGCCCCCAUCCACGGCCAACGGCUUCACGGCGGCUAGUGGCCCUCCCCCUGGCCUGCCCAAGCCGCCCAACUUUGGCUCUCGGGGCUAUAGCUCCUUUACCCCCAACAACCGAGGCAACGGCAAC